GGAAACAAAAUGUGCGGCGGAGAUGUUAAAUGUUGUCCGCAAGAAAGGACGGCCUUUGAUUAAAGACCUUUUUAGGUUGGUAACGAAAAGCUGCUCUUCUUCCUCUUCAAUCUCUUUCUCUUUCUCUCUCUCUCUUUCCUCCCCAUCCGCCAUGGCUCUGCAAGUCUGGGAGACGCUGAAGGAGGCGAUCGUGGCCUACACAGGCCUCUCUCCUUCCACCUUCUUCACUGUGUUGGCUCUUGGAUUUGCCAUUUACUAUCUCAUUUCCAGUUUCUUCGCUCCUUCCGCCGAUUACGGAACCCACGCUAGGGACUUGGAGCAAAUCCAUCCUCUCCCUCCACCUGUUCAACUUGGUGAAAUUUCUGAGGAUGACUUGAAGCAAUACGAUGGCUCCGAUUCCAAGAAACCCCUUCUCAUGGCUAUCAAGGGCCAGAUCUACGAUGUUUCUCAGAGCAGGAUGUUCUAUGGACCCGGGGGGCCCUAUGCCCUUUUUGCUGGAAAGGAUGCCAGCAGAGCUCUUGCAAAAAUGUCAUUUGAAGAGAAAGAUCUGACUGGGGAUACCUCUGGUCUCGGUCCAUCCGAACUUGAAAUGUUGCAGGAUUGGGAAUACAAAUUCAUGAGUAAAUAUGUUAAAGUCGGGACAGUCAAGAAGACAGUCGCUGAAGGUGAUGCUGCAGCUGGUGAGCCUGCGGAGUCAAGCUCUGCUGAAGUUAGCAAGCCUGUCGAUGAAAGUCACUCGGAACCUCGGGAUGAUAAAGCUGAGGAAGCCCCUGCUGCUGCAAAUGUCGAUUAAUAUUCUUCGGACUGCAAAUGCCCCUUCUGGCGGAUAUAGGAAAUGAGAACAACGUACGUGUGCUCAUGUUUUAGUAAUCUUGUUUCAUAGAUAAGUGAAAUCUAGUUGUGUAGGGUGAUGAUACUACAGUGGAAUUGAGGCUUGAGUUUAUGUUUACUAUUGUUCAAUAAACGUCGGACAAUAAGAUUGUAGUCUUUGAAUUUGAAAAUGGGACUGAGGCUCUCUUUUCCCCCAA